AUGGAGGCCGGGCAAAAAUUGUCGAAAUCCUUGGAUGAAAAGGACAUUGACGCAACAUGCUACAUGAAGAACGUGGGUUGUUUUCGAUAUUUACUUCACACCAGCCUAGACUUGGCCUAUUCCAUAUGUGUUCUAAGUAGGUAUAUGCAGAGUCCAAAGGAAGCUCAUGGAGUUGCGAUGAAGCAAUGUCUAAAGUAUUUGCGUGGAACUACUUCUUUUGCGCUGAGCUUUGAGAGAUCACCUACAAGAGUACCAAGACUUGUGGGAUACAGUCAUAGUAGCCAUAGUGUUGAUCCUGAUAAUGGAAAGAGAACAAUGGGUCAUGUGUUCUAUUUUGGUGGAAGUCCAAUCUCAUGGUGUUCGCAAAAACAAGAGACUGUAGCACAUUUGUCAUGUGAGGCAGAGUUUAUGGCAGGAACGGAAGCAGCAAGACAAGCGAUCUGGCUUCAAGAUCUAGUUAGAGAAGUAGUUGGAUCACCUUGUGAGAAAAAUACCAUUCGAAUAGACAACCAGUCAGCAAUCGCACUUACAAAGAACCCUGUCUUUCAUGGUAGAAGCAAGCACAUUCACACAAGGUCAAAAGGUGCAUUAUGGAGCAAAACAGAGGAUUUGGACUUCAAACCAGUCCAAUGCACAGCAUCUACUUUGGGAGGAGCUAAAAAAAUCUACUCAAUGGAUUUCAUCAAGACCAGUUCCCUGCGUGCUCUGAGUGAGUUAACUUUCCAACGCAAUUGGAUUGGCAUCAUUUGGAUGAGUAGAAAAGGAGUUAUGAUCAAAAUAGCAAAGACUGGUCCAGACGGCUCUAUCGAGAACCGGCCAACCGUGCGGAACGGCCGGCCGAGGAACAUCAUCCGCGGUCGGCCAACAUCCGCACUCAUCCGUCCCGCUGAACACGGCCGAGCCACGUACCGACCCGGGAAGCAUCGUCCCGCGGUCGGCCAAACCAAUCACGGCCGAAGCCGCGCACGACCGUACCGCGCGAACCGGGAAGCAUGCCUCGCGGCCGUGCGGCACAACUCAUGUACCGCGGCCGAUCGCACCGUCCGACCAGGAAGGCCGUCCCACGUCCGGCCGAAUCCUUCGACCAAUAUCAUCCGUCCGCCGACCCGACGAACGAACACGAAAACUCUCGGCCACGAUCGACCGACCGUGCCGAUAGCGACCACGACCCGAUAG